UGUAAACAGAGUAGGGAGGUUCUGAGACCACAGAAGUGUUUAUUGUUUAAAUCAUGAUAUUGAUGAAAGUGUAUGAAGGUUCUGGUUUUGUUUGUUACUCUAGGGUGGACCAUGGGGGAGUGCAGAGGCUGAGACCUGGUGUAAGAAAGUAUGCCUGUGAACUCACACUGGACCCAAACACAGCACACAGAAACCUAAAACUGACCAAAAACCACAAAAAGGUGAUAGUGAGAGAGGAGCAGCCAUAUCUUGAUCACGAAGAGAGAUUUGACUUUUGGUCUCAGGUGCUGUGUGAAAAUGACCUCACUGGUCGCUGUUACUGGGAGGUGGAGUGGAGAGGAGAUGUUCGCAUUGCGGUGACUUACAAAGGAAUAAGAAGGAAAGGAGAUAAAGAUGACGGCAAGUUUGGAGGGAAUGAUCACUCCUGGAGUCUAAACUGCUCCAGUGGUGGUUACUUCGUUUGUCACGAUGAAAGAGAAACCAAAGUCCCUCUCCCCUCUGCCUCUUUCUCAAACAGAGUGGCAGUGUAUGUGGACUGUCCUGCUGGGAUUCUGUCCUUCUACAUAGUCUGCUCUGACACACUGAUCCACCUCCACACCUUCUACUGUACAUUCACCGAACCUGUCUAUCCUGCGUUCGGACUCUGGUUUAGGUGCUCAUCAGGGUCAGGCUCCGGGCUCAGGUCUGGUUCAUUGGUGUCUCUGUGCUCUCUGUAG